GGGACGCGGGGGCGGGGCGGGGCCAGCGUGGGGCCGGUGCGGGCGGUGGCGGCGGCUCCGGCGGGACAGGCCCGGCUCGGAGACUCUGCUCACCGUUGGAAGAUGGGAGAGAUAGAAGGAACAUACAGAGUUCUGCAGACACCGGGCUCUCGUUUGGGUGCCCAGAAAACCGCAGGAGUGAGUACCUUGGAGCCAGGACAGAACCUCUCCUCUGCCAUGGCAUCAUCGCCUGCCAAAGCGCACGAGCGUGACCUCCCCAUCAAAAUCAAGAUGUUGGACAACACAGUGGAAGUACUUGACAUUGAGUCAAAAUGUUACGGCCAGACAUUACUGACAGAAGUUUACAAGCAUCUGAAUUUGAUUGAGUCAGACUACUUUGGAAUUGAGUUCCAGAACCUCCAGUCAUAUUGGAUUUGGCUGGAACCUAUGAAACCUGUUAUUAAGCAAGUACGGAGACCAAAGACUACAAUGCUUCGUCUAGCUGUGAAGUUUUUCCCUCCAGACCCGGGUCAGUUGCAAGAGGAAUAUACCAGGUACCUGUUUGCGUUGCAAAUCAAGAGAGACCUGGCAGAGGAGCGACUGACCUGCAGUGACAACACAGCAGCUCUGCUGGUCUCCCACCUUUUGCAGUCCGAAAUAGGGGAUUUCGAUGAAUCGGAGGAUCGAGAACACCUUAAAACAAACCAGUAUUUGCCAAACCAGGAAAGAAUUGAAGGAAAGAUCCUGGAGUUCCACAAGAAGCAUGUGGGUCAAACUCCUGCUGAAUCUGACUUUCAAGUGCUUGAAAUUGCCCGGAAACUGGAGAUGUAUGGCAUCAGGUUCCACCUUGCCUCCGACCGUGAGGGCACCAAAAUCAACCUGGCGGUUUCACACAUGGGUGUGCUGGUGUUCCAGGGUAACACAAAAAUCAAUACCUUCAACUGGUCCAAAGUCCGUAAACUGAGCUUCAAGAGGAAAAGAUUCCUUAUUAAGCUCCACCCAGAGGGCCCGUAUCAAGAUACAUUGGAGUUUCUUUUGGGAAGUAGGGAUGAGUGUAAAAACUUCUGGAAAAUCUGUGUUGAGUAUCACACGUUCUUUAGGCUGUUUGAUCAGCCAAAGCCAAAGGCUAAAGCAGUGUUCUUCACCAGAGGGUCAUCGUUCAGAUACAGUGGACGGACACAGAAGCAACUAGUGGAUUAUAUUAAGGACAGUGGGAUGAAGAGAACUCCAUAUGAAAGGAGGCACAGCAAGGUCAGAGCGUCCACGCGCACCUCCAACACAGAUGUGCCAAAACAGAGUGUCCCAUUCACUGAGGGCUUGAGAACCCCAGGGUCUCCUGCCUCGACAGCUGCCCCCUUUUACUCGGUUCACUCCUCGACCAGUCCUGCUCCUGUCCUGCCCAUCUUUGCUGAAUCCAGCCCUUCCUCCUUGGACUCCCGAGCGCCAUACACAAGGAUUCCAGACAAAACCACUGCAGCACCAGCAGAAGAAGCAGGGAGGAAUCUGAUGCAGCAACCCGGAUCUCCCGUGCUCCAAGGCCUCCCCGUGGACCAUCCCCAGCUCUCCUCUCUUGUGCUGAAGAAUCCCCUGGGCUUGACCCCGGCCUUUCAGGUGAACUUGAACGCAGCUGCCCAGGGCUCAUCCCCUCUGCUGAGUCCUGUCCUCAGCGACGCUGGCGGGGCCAGGAUAGAAGAGGAUGAUGAAAUGAAACGGAAGCGCUACCCCACCGACAAGGCGUACUUCAUAGCAAAGGAGAUUCUCGCCACGGAACGGACCUAUUUAAAAGACCUGGAAGUUAUCACAGUGUGGUUCCGCAGCGCGGUCAUCAAGGAGAAUGCCAUGCCAGAGGGCCUGAUGACACUGCUCUUCUCCAACAUAGACCCCAUCUAUGAGUUCCAUCGAGGCUUUCUGAAAGAGAUUGAACAAAGGCUGUCGCUCUGGGAAGGCAGAACCAAUGCUCACGUGAAAGGAGAUUACCAGCGCAUUGGAGAUGUCAUGCUCAGGAAUAUGCGCAUCCUAAAGGAGUUCACCAGUUACCUGCAGAAGCACGACGAGGUCCUGACAGAACUGGAGAAAGCAACCAAGCGCCUCAAGAAGCUGGAGAUGGUUUAUAAGGAGUUUGAGCUGCAGAAGGUUUGCUACCUGCCCCUCAACACCUUUCUGCUCAAACCCAUCCAGAGACUGAUGCACUACAAGCUGAUUCUGGGUAGGCUGUGCAAGCACUACACGGCGGAGCACCGGGACUUUGCCGACUGCCGCAACGCGCUGAAGGAAGUCACAGAGAUGACAUCGCAGCUGCAGCACAGCCUCAUCCGCCUGGAAAACUUCCAGAAGCUGAUAGAGCUGCAGCAUGACCUGAUUGGGAUAGACAAUCUCACAGCACCUGGCAGGGAGUUUAUUCGGGAAGGUUGCUUGUACAAGCUCACUAAGAAGGGCUUACAGCAGCGGAUGUUCUUUCUGUUCUCAGAUAUGUUACUGUACACAAGCAAAGGGGUCACAGGGACAAAUCAGUUCAAAAUCCACGGACACCUCUCUCUGCAUGGCAUGUUGCUGAUAGUGCUCGACCCUCCGGUGGAGGAAAGUGAGAAUGAAUGGGCCGUCCCACACUGCUUCACCAUCUAUUCUGCACAGAAAACCAUAGUGGUGGCAGCCAGUACUCGCCUGGAGAUGGGGAAGUGGAUGGAAGACCUAAACGUGGCAAUUGAAAUGGCCAAGAAAUCUACUGAGAAAUCUGAGAUGCUUCUGGAAAACUCUGUGUGCAACCGCUCCAAUAGAUCCUCUGAUGAGGUCUCUCUAGAACAGGAGUCUGAAGAUGACAUACACUCCUCUCGUAGCUCCUUGGACAGGCAGAGUCACCACCGUGCCAACACAACCAUGCACGUGUGCUGGUACCGCAACACCAGCGUCUCCAUGACUGACCACAGUGUGGCCGUCGAGGUACCGCGGGGGCAGCGCUCGCCUCUCUCUGUCCCUCCUGCCCCGGCCUCCGUCUCCCAUUCCUCCUCGGCAGCAUUUCUGUAUCCGGGGAGAGCACGGGCCAUCGAACACCACCGCAUGCUUGUCCCCUCUCUGCAUGUCUGUGUGUCUGUACUCACGCUCUCCGUGCAGCAGGGCUUUGCUUUGGCAACGGCACCAAAGCAGGGAAAGCUGAAAGGAAACCCAGGAUAUCCUAGGACUGAGUUGUUCCUUUGGGUUUCAUCCUCCUUCACUGGAGGACUGACCGACCCCCUGCACUGGGCACUGGUGAGGAGCCUCGACUCCUGUGUUUGGUUUUGGGCCCCUCCUGACAAGGAAGACAUUGAGGGACUGGAGUGUGUCCAGAGAAGGGCAGCAGAGCUGGGCAAGUGUCUGGAGAACAGGUCUGAUGAGAAGCAGUUCAGGGAGCUGGGCAGGCUCAGCCUGGAGAAAAGGAGGCUCCUGGGGACUUUCUCAAUCUCUGCAACUCCCUGACAGAAGAGGAGAGCUGCAGGAGGGUCAGGCUCUGCUCCCAAGGAAUAAGGGACAGGACAAGAAGAAACAGCCUCAAGUUGUGCAAGGGGAGGGUCAGGUUGGAUAUUAAGGAAAAUUUCUUCACUGAAAGAGUGGUUAAGCAUUGGAGCAGGCUACCCAAGCAGUGGUGGAGUCACGAUCCCUGAAGUAUUCAAAAAAUGUGUGGAUGUGGCACUUCACUAUAUGGUUUAGUGGGAUUUGGUCAGAGGUUGGACUUAAUGAUCUUGGAGGUCUUUUCCAACCUUACUGGUUCUGUGAUUCUAUGAGUUACCUAUCCAUGAUAUUUCCCUUCAGAGACUGACUCUGCUGUACUGAGCUCUGGUUAGCUGCUGUACUGCACCCAGAAUUAAGAAGAGGGAGUUCAGUUCAGUGGGAAUACACCUUCUCUGCCCUUCCCUUGCUGGCAGGACUGAACCAGCCAGUUGCCUUUUCGUGGCAGCAUCACGUUAUGCUGAGCACAGUUGUUUAUUGUGUCCUUGCUGAGGUGUUCAAGAGCAGGCUGGAUGGAGCUCUGAGCAGCCUGGUUUAGUGGAAUGUGUCCCUGCCCUCAGCAGAGAGGUGGAAUAAGAUGAGCUUUAAGGUCCCUUCCAACCCAAACCAUUCUGGGAUCCUCUGACUCUGUGAGCCGCUGGUACCUCGGAUCUUGCCAUUUGGUGCGGCGCAAUGUGGCACUGGUGGCAUGUUUGGGUACUGAAUCCUGAAUCCUGAGGAUUUCAAGACAGAUCAGUUCAGCACUCCUUACACUGCUUGCCCCACCUCUGUGGUUUCACUUUAGGCAGCAGUUUGGCAGGUAGGACACCUUCCUGGAGGCUGGCAUGCUUGGAAGGCUUCCAGAAGUGGGAAGGACCCUAAGUACUGUGGAGAGAAAAAGGAGGUCACUAACUAGACAACAGCAAUGGGGCAGCGUGCUGUGGUGCUGCUGCCUGUCCCUGCCUGCCCUGCCCUGCUCCUGAGGAACGUGUUUAAUAGAAGAAGUUAAAAGUUUGGCCACUGGAGCUCCUGGGUUUUCCUGAUACAGAGUGCCUGUGGGUCUGCUGGGUAAGAGAAAUGCUAUAGAUGUUACUUGGGCUUGGGGUCCAGAAGUUGGGCACUUGAGCUGGUUUCUGUUGUGAUUUCUGUUGGAGAGGACAGGCCUGCCUUUCCCUGCUGACACCUUUGGAAAAGGCACCAGUCUCACAGUUUUAUGCCUGGAUAAUGAGCCCACCCUGCUUUAGGUUUUGGGAUUGAACGUGAGUUCUUGCACUCUCUCUUGCUCUGAUCUGUUCCGUGUUCUAACACCAUUGUUUUUUUCACAAUCCUUUUUCCUUUAACAGCCGCCUUUCUUGCAUCACUUCUCUCACCCUAACAUUCUGUUUUUCUAUUUCUCUCCCCCUUUCUCUGCUCAGUUUUCUGCUCUCUUGCUGUUUCUCCAGAGCUUCCUCCUCGCUAUUUGCUGGGCCAGGCCCAACGGCCCAACACAAUCACCCAUGUUUGUUGGUACCGGAACCAGAGCCUAUCCCUGUCUGAUUACCUGUGCAUG